CAAACAGGGUUUAGUUACACCAAGGCAGGCAAGCUCAAGCAGGCAGAGGGGUUUGAGGUUUGCAACCUGAACUUCUCCUCAUCGUGGUCCCUGGAGUCCAGCAGUGAGAAGGAAGUGACAGGGUGCAGAGCAGAGUUGAACAUCAAGAGCCAGACUGUGUCUCCAGCACUUCCACGAGGUGGGAAGAUGGGGCAGCGAAGUGGGAAGCGGUGCCCAAACCGCAGUCAUGGGCACCUCAGCAAAUUUGUGAGCCGUAGCAUGGAGACAGUUGUGGUGUCUGGAGAUGAAAGACACCAUCCCACUUGCUCUUUCAAAAGCAGAAGCCUGGAACGUUCACUUAUGUUUAAAGAGCCUCCUGAAGUCCUGACACCAAGGAAGCUUCGGGUCUCCUCUACACACCUGCCUCUCAAAGGGAUCCUGAAGCAGACCAACAUGACAGGCCCACAACCUGAGAGCUUGCGCAAGUCCCGCUCAGUAGAGACGCUUUCCCGUGACCGUGGCUCACGCAAGUACAGUGAUCCUCAGGUCUGCCUCAGCCGUAGGGAGAAGCGCUCACUGGAGCACAGCAGCAGCAGUGCUGCUGGCUCUGUCAGGCACAGGGAGAAGAUCACAGAGGAAAAACUGCAGUUCUCCAGAUUUCUGGAUGAGAUUACCCAGCGGGUGCUCAGUCCCAUCCGCUUGCGCUCACUGGGAGAGACCAGGGGAGCAGAACAAGACCAGAACUCUCCCCUUUUCUCCAGAAGCUCCAUGCCAGAAGGCCAAGGGGAAGGUCACCUGCAAGGGGUCAAAACCAAGCGUGAAACUAAAAGAUCCCCCUGCACAAGCAGAAGAAAAUCAGAAAUUAAAUGUGAGGGCCUGGGAACAUCUUCGUGCCAGAGAAAGUAUGCUGAGGAGGCUGAAAGAGCUUCCAGACUAAGAGAGAAACCCAUCCUUGGGAGGAAGGACAGUAAGGAAAAACUUAGGGUAGUAGAUCUGUGUCAAUAUGAGCUGCAGCAGCUGGCAGACCUGGGGCUGGCAGGGACAUCCUGUGGGCAGCAGCACUCACUGUCUUCAUGGAAAAGCAGUGCAGAGGGCAGAAGGGAUGAAAGCCGUCCCUGUUCACGGCUAUUACAGCCACACCAUCUGUAUGCUAAACUUGGGCAGAAGCGUGCAGUGGAGCCGAACUACCCAGAGAAAGGAUCCUUCUCCACUCCAACACGCUGGAGUCGGGAGGAGGGGCCUACCCCAUCUAGAUCCUCCCCUUCCUUCAGCCUGGCACUGAACAAGGUAGGUGCCAGGGCCACUGGCUCACAGACAGGGGUCUUACAGAGGCCAGAGCCCCCACCUGGAUCUCAACUAGUCUGUAAUUCCAGUGGGGAGAGUGAGAGCAGGCCCUCAGACCUCAUGUUGUGGGUGCUUAAUUGCCAGAAGCUGCGCUCUUGUGGGUGGCACUCGUGGCUGUGCUCCAGGUUGGGUAUAUCUUCCUGGGAGGAACCAGCUUACCUUUGGCCCCCAGGAGUUAGGAAGGCAGGAGCUGGUGCUGUCCUCCCCAUGCAGACUUCCAAGGUGUUUGCAAGUUGGAGGCUUUCUGGGCUGCAGAACAGCAGGCGAUUGCAGGAGGCAGGCAGCUUUGUUGUCAGGAGGUGUUGGGAUGCUCCUGGUGCUUUGUGUGCUGUGUCUGACUGUCUUGGGGUACUGGAUCUUUGUAUGAUGUCUAUUUCAGGUCUUUGUAAACCUUCUCUUCUCCAGCCUCCUUUGGGGCCAUCACCUCAUUUUAAUAGGAAUCACAUUAUCUGCUUUGCCUGGUCACUAGCAUCUGCUAGUGUGUGUAUUUGUGGGGGUAGGGGAUGCAGUUGUUAGAUAAUUCUGCAUUAAUUAACUGAUUGCCAUGUGGGGUCAGGAUGUAAGAAAAGAAUGGAUUGAUGCUUUGCCUUUAGGGACGGGAGGAUGUAUGCAGGUGGUAAGGACCAUUCUUUUAAAGUGUGACUUGAUGAAGGAAGCAGCCCUGUGAUGUCUUAGAGCCAGGACUGGGGUGGUUUGCCAUCUGUAAUAUUGCUAGCAACUUAACCUCAUCCACAAUUGUCUAUGGCAUUGCCUCUCAGCCCAGAGCUUGCUGUGACACUUAAUGGACAAUCUAAAGUGUGGCAGCACUUUGGCAUUGGGCAGUGCUGUUGGUACCAAGCACCAAAAAUAAUCCAUGUACAGCUUGGACACUGAAAAUGGUCACAGUCUUGGGCUUUCACAGAAGAGAGAGUUGCCUUUAGUGCUAAUUAAUUUCUCCCAGCCGUGCUGGCAGGCAGCAGCCAUUUCACAGGUUAACGUAGAGAGUGCAAAGGAAGUGAGAAUAGCUGAACUGUGUGCUCCUGUCACUGCGUUUUGUCUCCUUAUUCUGCAGGUCCCUGCUCCAGCUGUCUCUGGGGAUCUUGCCCAGAACAUUCAUUUCUUUCACAGGCUUUUCUGACCUUUGGUGUUUUUUCUGCUAUCCUGGAAAAGUUACAAUGGCUAGUUUCAGGUCUGCAGAAAGAAACCCUUUUCACAGCACAGUCUGGGUGGUGUAAAUAGUAGACACAUUUUUCAGUUCCCAAAUGAUUCUCUCUCAUUCUUUUUGUGGGGCUUCAAGGGUGUUGUGAUUGCUGUGGAGACAAUUUAAUCCUCAGUGUAUGCUGGCUUGUGAGAUUCCUGCUACCCACAAACACUGGAUGUGGAGGAAGCUGAAACACCAGCUAAGGUGACGAUGUUACGAGAGAUGCUGAGAUUGCACUGUGGGAGAGUAAAUUUACCUAACUUCUGUGGUGGUUUCUAGCCUAGCUCUUCUACUACCCUGAACGAGAACACACAGUCUGUCUUGGUAUCAGACAGCUGAGUGGUGUGUACAGAUCCUAACAGCUCUAAGCUUGCCCAGCAUGACCUGUCAGAGCAGGUGAGGAAGAGUCACAGGAACCCCUGACGGAUGCAGAAAGGAUGAAGGUACUGCAGCAUGAGAAUGAGGAGCUGCGCCGACGGCUGACAUAUGUGACUAACAAAAUGGAGGCGAUGGAGAGGGAGCUGGAGUCAGGUCAGGACUACCUGGAGAUGGAGCUGGGCCAGAACCGUGAGGAGCUGGAGAAAUUCAAGGACAAAUUCCGUAGGUUGCAGAACAGCUACACUGCUUCCCAGAGAACCAACCAAGACCUGGAGGAGAAGCUGCAUGCCCUAAUUAAAAAGGCAGAGAUGGACCGCAAGACGCUGGACUGGGAGAUUGUAGAGCUCACUAAUAAAUUGCUUGAUGCCAAAACCACCAUCAAUAAGCUGGAGGAGCUCAAUGAACGCUAUCGACAGGACUGUAACCUUGCAGUACAGCUGCUCAAGUGUAACAAGUCCCACUUCAGGAACCACAAGUUUGCUGAUCUUCCCUAUGAGCUGCAGGACAUGGUCAAUAAGCAUUUGCACAGCACUCAGGAGUCCGCAGGCCCUGGUCAAGAAGCAACCCACACCUUGGCUCCAUCUGAUGUUGUGCCCACCUCAGUCAUUGCCAGAGUCUUGGAGAAACCAGAAUCUCUGGUUCUGAAUUCAGCCAAGUCCAGCAGUGGCAGCUGUCCCCUGGCUGAGGAUGUCUUUGUGCAUGUGGACAUGAGUGGAGCCCCUCCUGAUGCCUGCAACAGCGCAGGGCAGGUAGCGAAGGAGGGAGGAGAUGCAGGGAAACAGCAGAAUGGUGGCUGCAAGCCACAAAGCAGUGUGGAAAGCAUGCCAGAGGAGGUGCCUGCCUUUGAGAAGCUAAGCCCAUACCCUACACCCUCACCUCCCCAUCCGAUGUUCCCUGGGCGCAAAGUGAUUGAGUUCUCUGAGGACAAGGUAAGGAUCCCAAAGAACAGCCCCCUGCCCAACUGUACAUAUGCUACACGCCAGGCCAUCUCCCUCAGCCUGGUACAGAGUGAAGAUGAGAGCUGUGACAGGCACCGGACACUCCCUAACAGCCCUGCUUCAGAAGGGCGCCGUUCAGCCUCCAGCUGUUCCUGUCAGCAGUCCCCCAAAGCAGCCAGGGCUCAUGGCUCUUCCCAGAGCAGCCCCUUCAGCAGCCCCCCCCAAAUCCCGAGCGCCUUUGCCAGCUCUGCCAGCUCUGAGGAGGACCUGCUGGCCAACUGGCAGCGUAUGUUUGUGGACAAGGCGCCCCCCACUUCAGAGCGGGUCCUGAUGAACCGCACAGCCUUCAGCCGUGACACAGCCCCUGAGCUCCAGAAGAGGUUCAGCUGCUCCAUGCAGGAGCUGGGUAGAGCAGCCUUGGCUUACUCGGAUGGUGAGGAGUCUGCACAGAGCUGCAGCUGGACUGUGAGCCGGGACUCAAGCGUGGACACAGACAGCACUGAGUCCAGAGCCCGCAGAAGCCAUUUCUCCUCAGACUAUGGUACAGAUUUCUCCCAGGAUGAAGCCCAGAAGCUAUUGCAGGAAAGCGGUGGAGGCACUGCUGAGCCAGGAAGCCCCUCACUAGAGAAACACAAGGACUAUGUGGACCUUGGCUUGCCUGAGAGCCCAGCUGAGGAAAGAGAAAUGUUGCUCCAGGGAAGCAAGGAGAGCAGCCAAGGAGGUGCCCAAGAGGAAAAUGGAGAAGGCAGGAUUAAGCCUCCCUUCAGUCGGCCACACCGCAGCCCCAAGAGGAUGGGGGUCCACCACUUACAUCGCAAGGACAGUCUGACGCAAGCCCAGGAGCAGGGGAACCUUCUCAGCUGAGGCAGGGCAAGAAGCAGCCGCAUGCUGCAGAGCUGUGGGAUGCCUCUAUCUGUCCACCUUCUGAGGGAGAAACCUCCCUUAGUACCCUCCUCCUGGGGGGGGUCUGCUCUGAAAUUUUAUAUUUAUUCUCUUCUUUUGCUACCUGGAAGAGCUGGGGUCCCCCUUUUUCCUGACACCUCAGACCCACAGCACUAGCACACACAGUGUGCAGAAGCACACCCACUGCCCUGGCACACUCGCAGAUCUCUUCACAGCCUCACACUGGUGCCUGUACCGGAGCUUAUUCUUGGUACCCCUUGUCCUUGUGCCUGUGCCUCUUUACACUUGCAUCUUCCUUCCCCCUUCCCACUCAGGUAGGUACCUGAGGCCCUGGGUGCUCUCAUGCUGGUUGCCCGCAGCUGCUCUGCUCUCUUUUAACUUGUGCCAACAGAGUAGAGUGCCUGCGUGGUGGUGUCUGAUUCCUGGGAGCCCGCAGGGGCCAUGAGUGGGGCACGAAGACUCUCCCAGCGGGUGGCUGUGGGCCCCUGGGGAUGUGCUGGGAUUGCUGGGGUCUCAUUUUCCUGCUGGGUUUUGUUUUCCCUGGCUGCCCUCUGGGUGGUUCUCCAGUAUCUGCCUCAGCAGGUCCCCGUUGCUGGCUCCUGCGUCGGGCUCAGCACCUGGCCCCUGCUGAGGCAACGCAGGGAUGCUGGUGCCGUGGUGUGGGGUACGGGUGCCGCCUGCUAAGGUGGUUCAGGGAGGCACUACCUGCUAGGUGCUGGGGUUUGUGUUUUGUGUGUCUCCUCCCUCACACCUCUUCCCCUGCUCUCUGUGCUGUUGUUUUGUUUGAAUGGUGCUGAUGCCUUGCUCUUGGGUGGGCUUCUUUCUUCUUUCCAAGCCUUUGGUUUUGGGGUGUAUUUUUUUUUUCUUUCUCCCCACCCUGCAUAAACAGACACAGCCGUUGGCAGCCAGUCCAAUGCCUGCAUGAGGGUGUGUUGAGGAGGCUCAGCUCCGAGCUGCACUUCCCUCUGAUCUGGCCUCCAGCCUGCAGAAACCCCUCCAGACUCGACAACAAGGUCUCCCCCUGGGCAAGCGAGGCAUGAAGGAUGCUACCGGGCUUUUCUGGGCAGGGCUCGGUGUAGGGCCAGCAGGGAUGCAAGGUCAGUGUGCUGAGGAGAUGCUCCCUGUAGAUGCACUACCUCACGGCUUGGCAGCAGCCCUUUGCCAGGGUCUACUCGCACACCCCCUUCUCAGGGGGGCUCCAGGCUGGCUCUGGUGCCUCUUUGGGGCCUCCCCUUCUGGGCAGGGCCUCUCUGUGUGUUUUUCCUAGUGUAGUGUGAUACUGCGUGACUUUUCUUCUCAGUCUUGUGUGAUCGGUGUCUUCUUGGGGGGAGGGAAGGGGAGAGGUUUGUAGAUGUAGGUAUUUUCUGAGGGCUUACAAAGCCCAGGCAUCCUGUUUUAAUUUUGUCCUGUGCCCUCGUCCGUCUAGUGUUUCUUGACUCCCCCAGGGGUGCGAGGCAGAGAAUAGCCUGGUUUCCUGUGCUGUGCCCCCCUUGAACCCUGCUGACUGUCCUCAACCUGCUGUCUGGUUUUUGAGUUGGGUCUGUGUUGUUGUCCCACCCUCUCCUUCACUGAGCUGGAUCUGGAACUGGAGGAGAGCAGCCUUCUGUCUGGGAGGGAGCUCCUGUUCAUAUGCUUACAGCAAGAUGUGCAGCCAAGAGCUGCCUGGGGGCCCUGCUCCCCUCCCCAAACCCCUGCCUCUGCAAAGGGCCUGCAGCUUGCAGCUGGGGCCAACCAGGGCUUCAGCUGGAGCCUUGGAGGCUCCAGGGCCUGUGAAACGGAGCUGCAGGCCUCUCUGGUGGCUGUGUAGGUUGUUUUGUGUACCCUGGCUAGAGCUACUGCCUACACACUCGCCUUGUUUCCCACCUCAACAGCUGUGGAGCUAGAUGCCACCCUCUGGCAGGAGGUGGGAUUCAGUAUUUCACUACAGUAUUUUGCUUGAUACCUGUGCAAACAGGCUGGUGCUGAGGGUGGCAGCCUCCUCUAGGCCUGCAGGGUGCUAAUGUUCCCUGUCCUGAAUGUGGUUUUGGGGUCCUUCUGUUUGCUCUCAUCAGCCACCCCACUGCUGCAUUUCUUCUGGCUGCUGAGGGCUUACUCCUGCAGUAGCUGCCGGCUCCUGCCUCACAGACUUCUUCUGGGGUUGGAUGCUUACUGAGUGAGCUCCCUCUGACUCUAAAGGCUACUGGUGGCCUCCCUGUGGGACAGCACAGCCACUUGGGCAGUGGGGGAGGCAUUGCCCCUCAGGGCUGAGCCCCAUCUCCCCUGAAUCCUGCCAUGCUGGUUGGGACAAAACCUACUCUUGCUGAAGCAGCUGGUGCUUAUGGUGCUGGGCAGAGCCAGCCUCCCUCUGCUUUUGGUCAAGGUAGACUUCAAAGCAAAACAGUGCAGAAAUGGAGGGGUGGCAAAGGAGUGCCUAACACCUCACCAGACACUUAUUUGCAGCUUUAGGCUGCCAGCAGAGGUUGAGGGGGAGCAGUGGCCUCAAGAGGAGCAGAGCUCUCUCCUGGCAGGCACGGUGCCUGCCCUCUGGGCUUCUGCUCACCUCCAGCAGAAAUGGCUCUGGGGACUUGAACUGACCCCACUUUCAGUGUCCCAACUCCAGACUGUUAAUCUGUAACUAAUGUGGGGUUUUUUUCUGAAAUUUUCAAACUGAUGUAUAUUUUAAGACCAGAAAUAAACUAUUUUAAAAGUA